GUAGGCCCCGCGGGCAACCCCUUCCUUUCUCGCCUCCAGCCCGGCUUUGACUACGGGGGGAGGAGUGGAGGUGAUGGACCUGGGGGAGCCCUUCGUCCGCUCUCCCCUAGGCGCCUAGACGCGCUGAACUGUGCCGGGACCCGCUCGGGGAAACGCGGUCGGUGAAGGGAAGGGGGCGCCGGGCGUGAGGCCUGUGGGGCGGGGCGGGGCGGGGCGGUCUGAGGGGCCGCCCCCCCCGGGCGCCGGUGUUCACCCUCUGCUGCUGGGAAAGGGAAAGGGGGAGGUGGCGAGAAGCCGGAGAGAGACUCAGCCUGCAGGCUGGAGCGACCGGCGGUUUUGGUGACUUAGGGUACAAUGAGUAGGCAGAACAGCUGGUGCCCAGGUGUGACAGUAGGAAAUUUACCGGUGCGUCGAAGGGGCGCAGUGGCCUGCCGCCUGGCCGGAGUGGAAGGAGACACCGAUGGGAAAGUAGCGUGGAGGCCGAGUGCGAAGGCCUCGUGUGUCCUAAGGAAUCGAGGCUGUGUGCAGUAGGCAUCGGGCUGUCGUUAGAAAGUGUCUACGGAAAGGCACGAUGUGGUCAUAUUGGGUUUUAGGAAGAUGUGGAUUCCUUCAUGAAACAGCCUGGGAAUGAGACUGCAGAUAUAGUACUGAAGAAGCUGGAUGAACAGUACCAGAAGUAUAAGUUUAUGGAGCUCAAUCUUGCUCAAAAGAAAAGGAGGCUGAAAGGUCAGAUUCCUGAAAUUAAGCAGACAUUAGAAAUUCUAAAAUACAUGCAGAAGAAAAAAGAGUCCACCAGUUCACUGGAGACUAGAUUCUUACUGGCGGAUAACCUGUAUUGCAAGGCUUCGGUUCCUCCUACUGAUAAAGUGUGUCUGUGGUUGGGGGCUAAUGUGAUGCUUGAAUAUGAUAUUGAUGAAGCCCAGGCAUUGUUGGAAAAGAAUUUAUCGACUGCUACAAAGAAUCUUGAUUCCCUUGAGGAAGACCUUGACUUUCUUCGAGAUCAAUUUACUACCACAGAAGUCAAUAUGGCCAGGGUUUAUAAUUGGGAUGUAAAAAGAAGAAACAAAGAUGAUUCUACCAAGACCAAAGCAUAAUGCUGGCAAUUAAAAAUGUGGUUCAGUUUUCAAAACAUGUUAUCUUAAGUACCCCAAAGUUUAUCCCUAAAGGUUGACAUUACUUUGACUGAUUUUUUUGAACAGUAAGAGCGGUAGUUAAAACUUUAAAAAAACAAGAUAAACAUUUUAUUAUAAAAACAAAGUUAGUUUCAAAUAUUUUGUGAAAUUAGCAGUAUUUUAAUUUUUUUAUUUCCAACAAAGUAAAUGCUACUUUCAUCUUUUUUUUGUUGUUGUCGGUCAUAAACAAAGUCUUAGCUGGAAUGGCUGAAAACUGUGAGGUAUACUCUUGAACCUAAUUCUGGACACUAGCACAGUUUACUUUUUCUUUAUUGGCUGAUAUUACUCUUACUUGAUGUAGUUAAACCAGUUUAGAGGUAGGAAAAGCACUUAGUUUAAAUAUUUCCAAACUUGUUUUCUUUAGUACAUGUGGGGCUUUAUGGCUCUCUGUUGCUGUUAUUUGUCUUAUAUAAUGGAUUUUCAUGAAGUGCUGCUUGGCCAAUAGCUAUCUAUUAUAAUAUUCUGUACUUUUAAGGAACUGGUAAUUGACCUUCCUAAGUAGUAAGAGGGCUAUUGAGACGCUUUUUCUUACCCCAUAGAAGUACACAGUGUCUUUGCAAUGUCAACAUAAGGGAGAUCUUGGCCAACGUGAAACAACAAAAUUCUUUAGCCUCUCAAAACUCUUGGCUAAGGCAAUUUUGUAUUUCUUAACAGUUCUCCAAAGCAGCUGAACAAAAAUGUUAAGCUAAAUAUAAAUCUGCAGUGGUUGAAAAGAUUUGUGAGCUUUUUUUAUUCAUGAUAAGACCUCAUGGGAAGACUAGAAAAUCCCUGUGGAAAGCCGUUGGUACAGUGGCUAACGCUGGAUGUAGAGAUUCUGGUAAAAACACAAAUGUAUUAUUCCAUCUCCAUGUAGAGAACAAAAUAUACUCGUACAGUGUUUUGUAGUUGUAUUUCAUGAUAUUAAAACAUUGAAGUUAAAA